UGAAAAAUCUGUGUGAUCAUCCCUUCUCUUUGGCCACUGAUGGGUCCAAUGAUACUGGCAGAGAGAAGUUGAAUCCACUGACUGUCAACAUUUGGAGUUCACAAGGUGUGAUUCAACGAUUUCUUGACAUGGGUCUGACAUCAGGAACCAGCUGUGGCACUGCUGAGGCCAUAUUCAACAAAAUGAAUGAGGUGCUCGAAGGCCACAGUAUCCCAUGGGCCAACUGCGUGGCCCUUGCAGUUGACAAUGCUAGUGUCAAUCUGGGAGCCAGGAAUUCGAUUAAGAGCAGGGUCCUGGACCAAAAUCCAUCUAUCUACGUUCUUGGCUGUCCCUGCCACAUUGUGCACAAUAAUGCACACGCUGGUGGCUUGGUGUACUCCGAGAUGUCGGGCUUUGAAGUCGAAGAUUUCUGCGUCGAUCUUGCCUACUGGUUUAAAUCCAGCACCAAGAGAAAGAACAUGCUUCACGAAAAGCAAGCCAGGUGUCUGCGGCUCCGUGCCUUAUGUGAGGAUCCAUUGACAGAGGUUAAUCUCCUCUUCUACCAGGCACUUCUGCCUACAUUCUGCCAGUUUAAUCUGUUGUUCCAGAGGCAGCACCCAUGCAUCUAUCUUCUCCAUGGGCAGGUGAGGGCAUUCAUCCGAAAGCUAAUGUCCAAAUUCUUGAAGCCUGCAGCUUUCAGAACAACAAGCUUGGAGAGUGUUGAUCUUCAGGAUCAAGAAAACCAACUGCCAGACACCCAGCUUGGCAUUGGACUGACUACAAAGUCCACACUGAUAAGGCUGCAUGAAGCUGGUGAGAUUCCCUCAGGUGAUGUCACCAAAUUCAACAAGGCAGCAAGAGGCUUCCUGCUUCGGUCUACUGAAUAUGCACUGAAGAAGCUACCUCUCAAUGACCCCCUGCUGCCACAUGCUGAGUUUGUGGACUUCAGGCAGAGACAAAACUCCCAUGUGGAUGAUGUGCUCUACUUUGUCCAAAGAUACAAACACCUUCUUCCUUUUGAGGACCCAAGGGAACAGGACAGGAUUUCGGAUGAGUUACCAAAUGCUGGAGGAAACAGAUAUCCCUGACAUGGUCUGGAAAGGUGCCCUGGUGAGUGUUGAAGAGGAAGAACAAUUCCAUCGUAUGGACAUGGUGUGGGCACACUUGACUACGCAGAAGAGCCGAGUAACUGGUAAAGAACAGUUCCCCAGACUUGGGAAGGUGGCCCAGCUUGUCCUAUGCCUACCUCACUCUAAUGCGGAUGCAGAACGAGUCUUCUCAGUAAUUGGACUGAACAAAACAGAGUGUCGAAACAGACUUGCACUUGAUGGGACACUGUCAUCCAUUAUGUGCAUCAAAGGAAGUCAGAUUGAACCAUGCUGCUUCAAAUACGAACCACCAGUAGAAAUGAUAAACAAGUCAAAGUCUGCUGCUUGUUGUUCUACUAGGCCAAAAUAGAGUCACAAUAAAACAGUGGAAACAAA